GUUCCGUUUUCGAAAGAAAGGAAUUUAAACCAUGGAAUUUGGGGACAAAAACCUUACUUUCCCGGUGAGGCAGAAAACGGGAUAUCAUGCGGGAUGGUGUUAUUGUUGCUGUUUGUCGUUUUAACGGUUGUACUUAUUGGGGUGAGGGAGAGAAGAAGAGAGAGAUCUGGUGUGGUGGUCCCAUUCCACCACUGCAGACAAUUCAAUCAAAUAAAGAGGAUGGUUUGGGUUGUUUACAGUGGCUGUGUUUGGAAAUUAUGGUGCAAUGCUGGCCCCGGUCUUAGGCUGUUAUUUAGUAUAAGCCUGGACUAUCUUAAAUAUCACCCAAUUUCUUUUUCUGUCGUCAGCCCUGUCACUAUAAAAGGUUGUAUUGGACGUCCGUGCGUUGUAUUAGCAUACAAACGCACGUUCUCUUAACGGAUAAACCGUUUUAGAUGACUGAUAUACGCUGGCUAUGGUAAGUAAUAGCAUCUGGCAAUCAGUCUGGCCAUCCCCCUCGUAGAUCACCCGCCAUCUCGAUUCAUUCUCACCCCACUCGCCGUCGCCUAUCCGCCAUCUUCGCCCGUCCAGCCUGAUCGAUCAUU